UGUCACGCGUCCUUUGUGCAAAUUUAGAUGUUAAAACGACCAAAAAUACAUAGUUUUAAGUGUCUGUAACCAUUUCACUGAUGUUUUCCUACGAUUUUUUUUGAUUUUGAAGUGAAACACGGAACUAUUCAAAAUGAUGAGUGACGACGAUCGCGACAUUGAUAUUGAAAGUGAUGCUGAAAAUGACUCGGAUUCUCGACCACACGCCAGGAGUAGUUUGGGUGGAAGUGGAUAUUAUUCUCAGGCAGAAAAAAGAGCACACCAUAACGCAUUAGAGAGGAAAAGAAGAGAUCACAUAAAAGACAGUUUUACAUCAUUGAGGGAUUCAGUGCCAGCUCUUCAAGGCGAAAAAGUGGCAAGUCGUGCACAAAUUUUAAAAAAGGCAGCGGAAUAUAUACAAUUCAUGAGGCGGAAAAACAGCGCUCACCAACAGGACAUAGAUGAUUUAAAGAGACAAAACAGCAUACUAGAGACACAGAUAAGGGUACUUGAAAAAGCGAAAGCCACUGGAAACUACAUGGAUGCACAUGAACUAGGUAUUGGAAUUAAAUCAGAAGGCAGUUCACAUGACACAGACAGUUCUGACGGAGAAGGUACCACUAGGAGAGUCAAGAAACUCAAAAUAAACAGUGUUAAUGUGUAAUUAUAAAAAUAAUCCAAAUGUUAAAGUAUAAGGCAAUUUAGCUGUUAUGGCUAUUUUAAUAAAACAAUAUAUUUUGAGAUCUAUUUUUACCAAAGAACCAGUUCUGUGGUUUUUUUUUUAAUAAAAAUUGCCUUCUAAUUUACACUUUGGUCUAGCAAUAAUAUUUUUAAGAAUAUUUUAAGCUGAAUAUUCUUAUGGAAUAACCUAAUUUUCAUGUACAAAAACAAGCUUUAUAAUAAUAAAUAUCGGAGUUUCAUUCUAUUUAAUAUUUGAUUAUAAUCUGUUUUCAACAUGUAAGAUUAUUUAAAAGUGGAUCUUAUUGACUAUUACUUUGGAUGAGUGAUAAAAGGAAGUACUUUAAAGUAUAAUUUUUUAUCUGUUUUUUUUUUCUUGAUCAUUUACUGAGUACAAAAUGAUUUGGGUUGACAUUAAGAAUAUUCAUAGAGUUAUGUAAGUAAUGUUAGUCUUCUUGAACAUAUUUGUUAAUGUUUUUCAUAUUGUCACAUUCCCGUCACAUUGUAUAAUAAAAUAAUAAUAAUGUUAUGAUUAAAUAUUUACAUUCAAAUUGAACGAUUUUGAUUUAUAUAAUAAAAUGUUUUCGUUUCAACCGAAAUUAAGUGUUUUUGUCUCAGUUCUGGAAGACUAAAAUAGAUUAAGAAGUAAUAUAAAAAUACU